UUCCGACGAGGAAACAUGGCGGCGGCCGUUCAGGACUCACGUGUGAGCGCGGGGAAAAAGCUGAAAAAUUCCCUAAAGAAGAAGAAGAAGAUGAAAAUGAUAGCCAAGGCCGCAGCAUCGGAGCUGGAAGAGGAGGACAAAGGCGCUGCCGAGCGUGGAGGUUCUGUAGGAAGCUGUAGAUUGGAAAAGGAUCGCUUUUCUUCUGACGAUGAAGCAAUAGAAGCUGACAAUGAAGAUGAAACUGAACCCUGUGGCAGUGAAAAUGAAAAUGCUGCAGAAGCUAGUGCUGGAACUAAUAUGGGCUGGGCAGAUGCCAUGGCUAAAAUCCUUAACAAAAAAACUCCUAGAACUAAGCCCACCAUUCUGGUCAAAAACAAAGAGCUGGAAAAGGAAAAAGAGAAGUUAAAGCAAGAGAGACUAGAGAGAAGAAAGCAGCUUGAUAAGAAGCGGGAAUGGGAAAUGAUGUGCAGAGUAAAGCCAGAUGUUGUCAAAGACAAAGAAACAGAGAGAAAUCUUCAGAGAAUUGCAACGAGGGGUGUGGUGCAAUUAUUUAAUGCUGUUCAGAAGCAUCAAAAGAACGUUGACGAAAAGGUUAAAGAAGCUGGAAGCUCUAUUAGAAAGCGUGCUAAGUUGAUAUCAACUGUUUCCAAGAAGGAUUUCAUCAGCGUUCUGAGAGGGAUGGAUGGAAGUACAAAUGAGAAAAGUUUGACUGGAAAGAACUCAAAAGCCAAACAGACUGAAAAAGCAGAAGAGGGCCCAGGCUGGACGAUCCUACGUGAUGAUUUCAUGAUGGGAGCAUCCAUGAAAGACUGGGACAGAGAAAGUGAUGGACCAGAUAACAGCAGACCAGGAUCUGGAAGUGACUCUGACAUAUAAAGCUAUAUAGGAAACACAAUUUACAGUCAUUUUAUUUUUCUUAGAAAAAUGCAUCAUGCUCUGAAAGUUGGGGAAUUAUAAGGAUACCGUUUGUGAGAAAACCAAAAGACUUUUACUAUUACCAACUUUGGUAUUUCCCUUUUUCAUGUAAACUUUGUUAAAAUUAUAUUUCAAAUAUAAUUUUAAGCGUUGUUCCUCAAAACAUUUGUAAAAAGAAAUAUUUCUGCUUGGCCAUCAAGAUAUGCGUUUUGCCAGGUUCAUUAUAGGUUUACAUAUUGGUCAUGGAUAUUGGUAUUUUGUUUCAGUAUCACCAUUGUUUCUAGAAAUGCCAUACCAGUACGGUUCGUAAUUAAAAUGAACUCCUUGAAGUUAACGUUUUUCAGCUUUCCAGCUUAUAGACCUAUGUAUAUGUAUUUUUUGGGAGGAAGGGUUGUGUUUGUUUUGGUGAGCUACUGAGAAAAACUAUGUAGUAAAAUUUAAAAUUUUAGCAUUUCUGAUUUCGGGUGAUGAUUUUACUUUCAGACAUUCUGGCAAAUAUGAUUUAAGAAACAUACUAAAUCUCUACUUUUAUAUUAUUUCCUUUUAUAUGCUAAGUAAUACAUAUAAAUAAUGACUUAGAUUUUUUUUAAGUGUUGUUUUUGUGUGAGAGAUUUACUGAGGUGGAAAUUCUCAUGUUUAACUUAUGCAAUGAGGCAUAAUUUCUUACGAAGCAUAUUUGACAUUUUAAUCCCUCUUUUUUUUCCCCUCAAUCUUUAAGUUAGCUUAAAUUCUCUUUUGUGGACUGACUGACCAGUGGAAAAUGGUAGUGUUAGACAAGAGGGAGUCAGCGUCAGAAUACCGCAUCUGAUUUGAGAUUUGGCCCUUUCCUUGUUGCCUUAAAGAUUAUUGAAUUGAGUGGCUCUUAGUAUCUAGCAGUUAGACAAAAAGAGAAGAGAAAGUAAGACUGUUUAAUAUCAUUCCAAAAUUUCUGUGAAACUGUGCCUAAGAUCUAAAGUUUGUAAGUUUCCCUCUUUCCAUAAUAAAAAUAGUUCCCUCCUACCACCCACUUGCACAUACUUGCAUCUGUUAUAUAUCGAAGGAUAAUCCUCCCCCCAAAAUAUGCUAGAGCAGAGGUGUUUAUAUUUGCAAACCCAUUUGAGUGUUACAGGUAUUACAUAACUGAAGUUAAAUUAGUCCAUAGCCUGGUAUUUGUUAUCAUAAAGGAAAGUAUACACCUAAGAUACCAGGUGAUUAAACCAGCAAAGCUGAAAAUGCAUUUUUGUAUUUGUCCCAACAUUUGAACUUUAGUGUCUUCUUAAAUUACAGAACUGCCAUUUUGUCAGUGUAAUAUAAAUAAACGUGAACAAAUAUUCCUUAAGAGUAACACAAGAGUGCUAAAUAUCCCAAUAUAUCUUAACACAGAUAAAUAUUUUAAUAUAACACAGAUAAUUUUGAAAAAGAGUUAUUUGCAGCAUCUAAAAACUUUUUCCUCCCCAGAAUUAAAGAUUAUACUUUACUUUUUGCUGUUAAUCUGUUUCUGGAUCAUACUAAAGCUUUGCAGAAGUUCUUCUGAAUAGUACAUCCAGGUGAUAGAAAUGGGUAAAUAACUCCUCAUAUACUAAAAAGUUGUCUUGAAACAUAUGCUCAUUGUGUGGUCCUUGGAAAAGGAAAGUUUAAAGGAAAAUUUAGCAAGAUUUUCAAACUGAAAGGAAGGAAGGGAAUCUUGGCAGAUUUUCUUUUUUCAGAAAUUAUUUUAUUUCAAAAUAAAAUUGAGUUGCCACUAUGAGAAAAAAAAAUGUAUCACUUAUGUUAGAAGACUUUAAAGCAUAUAUAAAUUACAUGAAAUAAUUUUUAUCAUAAAGAUCGGAUUUUUUUAUGUGUUAGUAUUUCUGCAUCUUGGCUGUAAAAUAUUUAAGCAAAAUACCACCAUAUAUGAAUAUGAAUCUAAAGGUGAGCAUAUUAUUUUAGAAACUAAGGGUGUAUCUUCAGAUGAAUGUUUUAAAUAAUCUAGCUCUGUCACUUCUACUCUAAGUAUUUUACCUACAACAUUUAAAUUUUUCUGACAUCAGUCAGAUAAAUAAUUCUGUGUCUGUACCAUCUUCCUA